AUGAGUUCAACAGCACCUGGACGUCCAUCAAUGCCUUUGAUAAUGCAUAAAAAAUCUUCUUCGCCAAAUACUAGUGCAACACUACAUUCGGAGUCAAAACGUUCGACAUCGAUCGAAGUCAUUGCUGAUACAGCUAUACCAAAAAUUAAGAUAGAAUCACCCAGUGGUUUUAAUUAUCAAAAUUUAGCUGAAUCAACACCGUUAACUCUACCGAAAGCAAAAUCAAAAAUUAGAUUACCUGUACGGUCACAUAGUUCAUCAAAUGCAGAACUUACUUUUCAUUUACAACAAUUGAAAAAUAUCGGUAAACGUAAAACAACAAUUAAUGGAGAUGAUCAACGUAGUAAUCAUAAUAAUAAUAAUGACGAACGUAUACAAUUGACAUCAUCAAAUCUUAAAGUUGAAUGUGAUGAUAAUCGAACGGAAACAAGCAUACAUAGUCCAACAGAUAUUGAAAAAGCGGAACCAAAUAGUCAAGUGCCUAUCGCAUGGAAACCAACUGCACCACAUACCAAAAUUGAAAGAGAAUCAUGGGACCAUAAAAUUGAAUUUCUACUUGCUGUGAUUGGUUAUGCAGUUGAUUUGGGUAAUGUUUGGCGUUUUCCAACAGCUGUUUAUAUGAACGGUGGUGGAGCUUUUUUCAUACCCUAUUUCAUUCUUUUAAUAUUCGGCGGAUUACCAUUAUUCUAUAUGGAACUCGCUCUUGGUCAAUAUCAUCGAUCGGGCGUUUUCACUGUUUGGAAACAUAUUUGUCCAUUGGUGAAAGGAGUUGGUUGGGCAACGGUAUUAAUUAAUUUCAUGAUGGCAAUGUUUUACAAUACAAUAAUAUCAUGGGCCGUUUUUUAUUUAGUUAUGUCAUUCAAAAGUAUCGGAUCUGAAUUGCCGUGGAAACAUUGUGGUCAUUCAUGGAAUACCGAAUGUUGUGUAGCAGCUGAUGUAGUACAAUAUCAAGCACCAGUAAAAUUAUCUAAUUUAACAAAAAAAAUGAUGAACAAAGCGAUGAUGAAUGCAACAUUAUUAUUAAAAAGAUUACCAUCACAUUGUAAAAGAUCAGUUUAUUCAACAGAAGAAUAUUUCUAUCGACGACUUCAAGAAGUAGAUAAAGCCGAAGGAUUUGAUAAUUUAGGAAAAAUUAAAUGGGAACUUGCUUUCUACUUAUUCAUUGUCUUCAUUGUUGUCUAUUUUGCCCUUUGGAAAGGAAUUAAAAGUUCGGGAAAAGCAGUAUGGAUUACUGCUAUUGCACCAUAUAUUGUUCUAAUCAUAUUAUUAAUUCGUGGUGUAACUCUAUCGGGUUCAUUGAUUGGCAUUAAAUAUUAUCUGGAACCUAAAAUGGAAUUAUUAAAAAGUUUUUCCAUUUGGAAUGCAGCAGCAACACAAAUAUUUUUUUCGCUUGGACCAGGUUUUGGUGUUCUUUUAGCUUUAUCUUCUUAUAAUAAAUUUCAUAACAAUUGUUAUCGAGAUGCUUUACUAACUAGUAGUAUCAAUUGUGCAACAUCAGUUCUAGCUGGUUUCGUGGUCUUUUCAACAUUGGGCCAUAUGGCUAGUGUAUCAAGUAAAACAAUUGAACAAGUCAUUGAAGAUAAAGGUUCUGAACUUGUGUUUAUUGUUUAUCCACAUACAAUUGCUUUAAUGAAUUGGUCGACAUUAUGGUCAAUACUAUUCUUUUUUAUGCUGAUUACUUUAGGCAUAGAUAGUACAUUCGGUGGUCUCGAAUCAAUUAUUACUGGUCUAUGUGAUGAAUUUCCGAAUCUAUUUGGACGUCAUCGAUCAUUAUUUGUAUUGGGCGUUCUUGUCAUAUGUUAUUUAGGUGCAUUACCAACGUGUACCUAUGGUGGAGAUUAUAUUGUCAAUUUAAUGAAUGAAAUAGCCGUUGCACCUGCUCUUCUGUUUGUCGUAUUUCUCGAAUGUAUUGCUGUUUCGUGGUUUUAUGGUGUCAAUCGAAUGGCAGAUGAUAUCGAAGCAAUGAUUGGUUCACGGCCAUCAUUAUUUUGGCGAGCAAUAUGGUAUCUUAUUAGUCCAAUAUUUUUACUCAUGAUAUUUUAUAUUUCCAUGAGUAAUUUACUCGCUGGCAACAUUGAAAUCAAACGAGUUAAUUUACGAAAUUUGCCAACUAAUGUUCAAAUAUGGUCUUAUCUGAUUGUAUUCGUACCUAUAUUAUGCAUUCCAGCCUAUGCUGUUUAUAAACUAAUCAUAACACCCGGUCGAAAUUUCGAUGAGCGUCUUCGACGAUCUAUCCAACCUGAAGAAUCAUAUCAUGAACACUUGCAUGGGUUAUCGAAUGGCGAACAACUCGAACAAGAUAAAAUUCAAAUUUUGUAA